AUGGCUCCAUAUGAAGCCUUAUAUGAUAGGCGAUGUCAUUCUCUGGUUGGUUGGUUUGACCCUGGGGAGGUGAAGUUGAUUCAUGAGCGGCCUCCUACAUCACAAUCCAAGCAAAAGAGAUAUACGGACAUGAAGGAUCGUGAUGUGGCUUAUAUGGUGGGUGAGAAGAAGUAUUAUGGGGAUCCAUCAUAUGUUUUGGACUUCAGAACAGUGCAGUUGGAUGGGGGUUUGAAUUAUGAUAUGGAACCAAUGGGCAUUUUGGACCGACAUGUUCGAAUGUUGAGGUCGAAGAAUAUAGCAUCGGUGAAGGUUAAUUGGAGAGGUCAACCAUUCUAG